GAUUUUUUAAGACCAUGUGACCAAAAAUGUGUUGUGUGAUUUGUCGAUAAUAACGUCAAUCAAUCAGCCAUACUCGCUGUUCUGCACACGUGCGUUUGUUUAGCUAUUUAACACCGGCGAAAAUGGCUGCGGUUACUGCGGAGACAUGCUGUGACAGUGAUGGAAGUGAUGUGGAGUUGGAGGGGGGUGAACAGAUUUUAAUCGAGGAAGAGAUAGAGGGAGAUGUGCCGGAAGACCCCUUAGAUAGAGAACAGGAGUGGGAUUUGUUUCGAGAGGAUGAUGAGGAGGAGGAAUUCCAAGGCUUCCAAGUGGACUGGCAGUCAGAUGGAUUUCACCCCCCACGUCAACAAAAGUUCACUCGGACACCUGGGCUAAAGGUGCCGAUAUCUGAAGAUGCAAGCCCUUUAGAUGUAUUUUCGAAUAUUUUCACUGAGGAAGUUUGGGAUAUGUUGGUGACACAGACAAAUGUAUAUGCUGAUCAGACGCGCGGUCACACACCAUCAAACUUAAAGUGGAGCGCCGUCUCAAAACAGGAAAUGAAAUCAUUCAUCGGUCUCUGCAUAACUUUUGGGAUAAUGAAACUACCAACUCGCCGGGAUUACUGGAGACAGAGCAAGUGGCUGUAUCAGACAAAUGUCCCCCGAGUGAUGGCACGAGAUCGCUUCGACAUGAUCUGGAGAUAUCUACAUCUCCAAGACAACACUGACCCUAAAGUGGACAAAUCGGACAAGCUAUGGAAACUGCGGUGCUUCUUGGACCUCCUCCUGAACCAAUACCAGGCCCUUUAUGAAGUUAAUGGUAUCGUGACCGUGGACGAGUCCAUGGUCAAGUACAAAGGGCGGCUGGCAUUCCGGCAGUACCUCCCCAUGAAGCCAGUAAAAUGGGGAGUGAAGGUAUGGGUGAUGGCAGAAAGUACAACUGGCUACGUCACCAGCUUUCAGGUGUAUACGGGGGCCACAGAGGGCAAGGCGGAGAUCAACCUGGCGCACCGCAUCGUCACCGACCUGGCCAGCCCAUACUACGGAUCACACCUGUCUGUUUACAUGGAUAACUUCUACACAAGCGUGCCCUUGCUGGUUUACCUGAAGGCAAGGGGAAUUCAGGCUUGUGGGACGGUGCGCGCAAACAGAAGGGGCCUACCGAAGACCAAGGAGCUCAGCAAGCAGGCUGGCAUGGCCAGGCAUCAGUAUCGGGUGGCUCAACAGGAUGAGCUGACCUUGUGCGUGUGGCAGGACACCAAGGCAGUAAUGGUCCUGUCCAACCACCAUGACCCCAUGGCUUUGGGGUCAGUGAAAAGGAAGUUCGAGGCUCAGCGUCAGGUGGAGGUCAAGGUGCCAGCCUGCCUUGCUGACUACCAGCAACAUAUGAAGGGUGUAGACCUGCUCGACCAGAUGGUGGGGUACUACCAAAUCGAUCACAGGUCUUCAAAGUGGUGGAGGAGGCUGUUUUUUUAUUUUUUGUCUGUGGCGUGCUACAAUGCAUUUGUGGCUGCCAGAUCUGCUGGUGGAGAUGAAUGGAAGUACAGGAAGAGUGGCUACAAAGCCUGGUUGGAGGACUUAACGAUGGAGCUGUGCGUCCCAGUAACCAAGAGAAGUGCUCCCCACCAGAUGCUCCCCACCAGCCUAUCUGGAGCUUCAGCUGGGCAUGAUCUGGCCCAGAUCAGCAACAAGAGAAAGACCUGCAGGGAUUGUGCCAAAAAGCACACUGGCACCAAUGUGCGCCCGGGGUCUACACUGAUGGGAUGCAGGCAGUGCAAUAUUCCCCUGCACCGCGAGUGCUUCAUGCACCACGUUCUACGACAGUAGUGUGUGUGUGUGUGUGUGUGUGUAUAAAAGAUGGGUGUGUGUGAGGUCAGUGUCAGUCUUUGGAAAUUUGUUCCUCCGGUCGUUUCCCCUGGUCAUUUCCUCCAGUUCCUCCUCAGGACUUUCACCACUUCUCCUCACUCCUUUCCCACCUUUCUCCCAUGACAAAGUGCCUUGUUCCAUGUUAGAUGAAUUAAUCUAUGUGUUGACAUGUUUUUAGAUCAAUUGAUCUGUGUUGAUAUGUCGUUCUUUAUAUGAAUGAAUCAUAUAAUACUGAUUUUUACUCAUCUGACUCUGAGAUUUGUUUUUUUUUAUAAAAAUGUGUUAGUGUUAAUGCUGAA